AACAAGUCAACAUGGAAAUUUAGAUCUUUAAUUCUUUUUUCUUCCAAUCAAUUGUACAAAUUCUUUCUAAAUCUAUUAAAUUAUGAUUAACAGGAAUUUUUUUAUAUUCGGCAAAUUUCCGCUAACAAUAUUAGGUUACGUUCUACAGAAACGUUAGCUUGUAUAGCGGAAUUAACGUAAGCCAAUGCAGCUCUGCGAUGUUUGUGAAAUUUCACUAAAUUCUACCAAACUGAAAAAUUUAAAACGAUCGUUGUUAUUUAACAAAACAAUAAGUUUUACUAAUUAAAAGCUGAAGGGAUAUGAAGGCUUCACCACAACGAAGAAAAUUUCAAAACGAUGUUCAACUAGCAAGGGGCCGUUUUAGGAAUGUAUUGCAUGAUACUUUUGCUGGCUCAGAUGAUAAUGAGAUUGCUAGUGAAGAAGAUUUGCCACAUCGCGGGCGUCCACCAAAGAAUUUAAAUAACAAUCAAAGAGAAAUGCAAUCUCCUCGUAGUUCGCGUCAUAGUAGCCUGUCACCUGGAAAAUAUUUAAGUCCAAAUAAACGACGAAAACGCGAUGAGCAAGAUAGUGAUAGAUCAUGUGUUCAGCCUACACAAAAAAUACAAGCAGAAAGCUUUGUAAUGAAGUUGUUUGAUCGCAGUCUUGACCUCUCAAAGUAUACUGAGCAAACUGCACUCUAUCCUAUUUGCCGUGCAUGGAUGUAUAACCAACCAAGGAAUCCAAAUAUCCGCAGUUAUCGGGACAGAAGAUCACCAUCGCCAGUGGUGCGAAAUAACAAUGCUGGAGAAUUAAUCGAACAUUUACAAAGUGGUGAACUUCGAGAUAUAACGGAAAUGCCAGCUCCUAAGGUUACUGAAAUACCAAAAAUACCGGUAUUGAAAAAUGAAGUGGCAGGUGUAAAAGAGAUGGAUUCCCUGAUAUUUGGCAGUGAUAAUAUUUGCAAAGAAGAAUUACUGGGUAAACACUUACACAAAUGGAGACAGCUUAAGUCAAAUUGGUUAAAACAAACAAGAAAUUAUCAGAAGCGUUAUAAACUCAACUACAUGAUAUUACAAGAAUUAUUUAAACCCUAAAGAGUUUAGUUUAAUUUUAUUUAGAAUACAAUGUAUGAAAUAAAUUUAGUAAUAUAAACUAUUAAAUAAAUUAAUGUAUCAUACUUUAUGUUAAUUAAUACUUUAACGUUGAAUUAUACUAAUUUUCACAUAC